CGACACGUGACAAUCACCACGCCCGCGCGAGGGAUGAGAACACCCGGACGUCGAUUAAUUAACGCAAUUGAUUAGAUUCGAAUUGCAGCGAUCGCGAAAUGCAAUUUGCAGUGGUCGAGCUGGGUAUAGCCCUGACUGAUUCGUUCUCUAUCCCCUUCGAAUCUACCCUCAACGUAACGAGCCGCGGCAUAUGGAAUCGCGACGACCGGGAUUCCGGGAAGACGGUACCGAGGGGGAGCCGCUCCCUCCGAUAGCCCGGAUGUUUCCCGGUGCCUCGACAACGUUCCGCGAUCUCACUCGUGCGAAAGACGAACGUCCUGGAUUUCACACGCUCGCAAGGUCAGCCUUAUCUUUAAAGCUUAAACGGACCGAUCCUCUUCGGACUGCGCCUCCUAAACGGAGGAGACGGGCGAGACACGCUCUCGCGAUAAAUGAAAAACCGGCAUUAUAAUAAUGAUGAAAAGUGUUAUAACCAUGCUGCUGCUGCUGAUGAUGAUAAUAAUAAUGUGAUGAAAAAAAGUAUAAGGAGGAGAGUUUGUUUUCGCGCGUUGCCAACCUCUCCGUUUCCGCGGUGCCGCGGAGCUGAUCCUCCUUAAUCCUCAGCAGAAUCGACACCCUGGCGGACGAUACGAGGAUUCAUCGGAUUCAUGAUAGAUCUCACACAGAGGAGGAGAAGAGAGAUCAUUGGCCUUUUUUUAAGUUCUUUUUCUUUUUUUUUGUUUGGCCGAUUUAUUUUGGCCGACAUUGCAACGAUGCAUCCAUCGCAGCUCGUUUCAUUCUGAACUGACUUUGGUCAAAAUUUACAAAAAAAAUAACACAAUGUCAAAUAACAUAUUGUAAUUGGCAUCACACUUAACUCGAACGGCAUUUUUUUUCAAGAUUUGGAUUAUGUAAAAAUGUUACGCGUGCGUAUAUUUGUUUUAUAAAUAUUUAUUUCAGAAUAUAAUUUUAAUCGGGAUUAUGUAAUUUUCAUCUUAUGGCUUUGCUGGCAACAUGAUAAUUUCAAGAUCGCAGUUUAGAGAUGGGAUUAUGGCAAAUGCUUUUGCGCUCGAAGGACAUUUUUCUUUGCUUGUAUUCGUCUUGAGGGGACGAAGAAAAUCAAGUUAAACCUAUAAAUGGUGGAUGUAAAUUUGUUUGCGCAGGUUGACUACUCGCGGAUGAGACGACUGCAUUUUGCAUUCCAAACGCAAAAAUCUCAACAUACGAGUCGAAUAUUGCUUUCUGAGGAGCUGGAGGAGCUCCGGAUGGAGGUACAGCGACGGGAACAGGAGCUGAUGGCGAUGUCUACGAAGAUGAAGGCACUUGACGAGCAACAUCAAGAUUACAAUAGGCACAUCGCCGUGCUCAAGGAGUCUCUCGCCGCCAAGGAGGAACAUUAUAAUAUGCUGCAGGUUGAUGUCGAGGAGAUGCGGCAGCGGCUCGAGGAGAAGAAUCGGAUGAUCGAGAAGAAGACGCAGGUGGCGAUGCAGGCGCAACAGGAGCGCAAUCGCAUGAACACCGAGCUGACCGAGAUCAAGGAUCACAUGGACAUCAAGGAUCGCAAGAUCAAUGUUCUGCAGCGCAAAGUGAGUUCUUUUUCUUAUUUAUUCCACUUUCAGUUUCCUCGAGUUGCAGUCGUCGAAGGGCUUUAUUCACUUUCGUUCCAUUUCGUUCAUUUAUUUUCAACUACUUUCGUCUACUUUCCACAUUUUAGCCAUUUUUGUUCGCGGACUCGUUGCCGUAACAUUUGCAUUCGUCAAGAGCCGUACUCUUCGUACGAGGAAUUACCUUAUUGUGAUUCAUAACUCGAACGAGCGAGUAUUAUACGAGAAGAUUGCCGGGUUUGAAGCAGAUAACUUCCGCGAAAUGAAUUUUCUUAUCGCGCGCGCCGCGGCGUUUAGUCUCCUCCGUCUGAGGAGAGAUGCAAAUGCAAAAGCGGACGAGUCCGGCAAAAUGCUUUCUCUUAUCGCGCAAAGUCAGUUAGCGUUUAAGAAAAUAUUUGCGCCAGUACGGAGUAUAGAUUGUUUCGACGAAAUUAAUUGUCAUUUUAAGGAAAAGUGUUGUAGGACGAGUCGCGAAGAGAAGCUUUUUGGUAGUAUAUAUCUUUCUUUCCCUUAUCUUCU